UCCUACCACUGGAACCCACGACAACUUUUCCUCGAGAUGGCGAGCUCGACUUCCCUCGAGACCAUGGUCCCAUCAUCCUGUUCCCGGACCGGAGCUUCCACUGCCACGUCCAAAACCUUGGCCUUCUCCAUCGAGAGGAUCAUGGCCAAGACUUCGGAGCCCAAGCCCCCCUUCGAACCCCGGGGACCAGGGGGCCUGGAGAUGGACGGGGGCGCCAAAAAGAUGCUCAGCCUUUGCUCGUCCUUGCCUUGUAUGAUCCCCAUCCAGCCGCUGGGCUACGAAAUGCCGUCCAAGGCUCUGCUCAACUACACCGAGCUUUGGAAGAGUAGCCUCCGGAGCGGCGGCGGCGGCGGCGGCGGCGGCGGAGGUGGUGGCGGUGGGAGCAGCGGGGGACCCCAGCUCUGCGGUGCCAGCGGCUUGUGCAAAGCCAACUGCGGCAUGUGCUGCAAAGCGGAGUUGAGCCUGGCCCCGUCCGUGCUGCCCACCGGCAGGGUCAUCAAGCCUCAGGUCAUCAACCAGGCCGUGGGGCUGCCGGGCAAUGGCUCCCUCUAUUACUUCAACUACCUGGAGUCCUCGGCGUAUCCCCCGUCGGAGCUACUCAAUGGGCACCUCUUCCCCUCCAGCAUCCUCAACUCCCAGUCCCAGGCGUCCCUGGCCACCCAUCAGAAACUCUUCUUGUUGGAGAACGCCAAGCUGGCCACGUUGGCCGCGGACAAAUUCCCCCAUCCCCCUUACCCCCACAAAGAACGCCUGCCCGGGCAGCUGGACCAGGUAAUGAAGGAGAAUACUGCACUGACGGCGGAGCGUAACGGGGCCAAGAGUCACGGUAAACUGGCGGCGAGCUCCGCUGACGGCAAGCCCAAGAACUUCACCUGCGAAGUGUGCGGAAAGGUGUUUAACGCUCACUAUAACCUCACUCGUCACAUGCCGGUCCACACGGGAGCCAGGCCGUUUGUCUGCAAAGUCUGCGGGAAGGGCUUUCGGCAAGCCAGUACCUUGUGCAGACACAAAAUCAUCCACACCCAGGAAAAACCUCACAAAUGCAACCAGUGCGGCAAAGCCUUUAACCGGAGCUCCACGCUUAACACGCACAUCCGAAUCCACGCGGGCUACAAGCCUUUCGUCUGCGAAUUCUGCGGGAAAGGGUUCCACCAAAAAGGAAACUACAAAAAUCACAAACUGACCCACAGUGGGGAAAAACAGUACAAGUGUACCAUCUGCAACAAGGCCUUCCACCAGAUUUAUAACUUGACUUUUCAUAUGCACACCCACAAUGACAAGAAGCCUUUCACGUGUGCCACUUGUGGGAAAGGAUUUUGCAGAAACUUUGAUCUAAAGAAGCACGUGAGGAAACUCCACGACAGUGUGGCCCCGGGAGCUCCUUCCACAAAGGACUUGCCCCGGACUGUGCAGAGCUGAAAGCUUCGGCUCCAAACAGGACCUGGUUCCUCUCCCUCCACACCACCUGACCCUCGGAGACCAGAGAGAGACACUGAUUUCUAAGAUUUAAAUAGAUACAUAUAUAAAUAUAAAUAUAUAUAUAUAUAUACAUACAGCAGAGAGGUUAGAUCUAUUUAUCGAAACCAACAUCUAUUUUGGAAAGCUAAAAUGUCUCCCUAUGAAUAGGGAGCAGAAUUGUGCAAACACACCCCCAGACACACACGUGUACAGAAAGGGGAAAACUUAUUUAAAGUGAAGUUCAGGACCUCAGAGCUCCCCGGAGACAUUUGA